UGGCGGGAGCGGCGCGGAGCGGGGCCGGCAGCGAUGUGCGCGUCGCUCGGCAGGGUCACGGAACCGGCCGGCCCCAGGGCAGCCAGGGGCCGCUUCUGGGCUGUCGUCCUGGGAGCAGCGGCGGUGUGCUUCCUCCUCGGGUUCCUCAUCGGCUGGUUUGCAAAACCUGCAGGAAAGAAGACAUCUGCAAGUCCUCAUGAGGACAUGAAGGCGACAUUUAUGGCUGAAAUGAAAGCUGAAAACAUCAAGCAGUUUCUUUACAAUUUUACACGGCUUCCUCACCUGGCAGGAACAAAGGAGAAUCUGCAUCUGGCACAGCAAGUCCAAGCUGAAUGGAAGGAGUUUGGAUUGGAUUCUGUUCAGUUGGUUCAUUAUGAUGUCUUGCUCUCUUACCCUGAUGACACUAAGCCCAAUUACAUCUCCAUAAUUGAUGAGUAUGGAAACGAGAUUUUCAACACAUCAUUAUCUGAGCCGCCUCCUCCAGGAUAUGAAGGUGUUAAAGAUGUGGUGCCACCCUACAGUGCAUUUUCAGCCCAAGGAAUACCUGAGGGUGAGUUAGUGUACGUGAAUUACGGCCGCACCGAGGACUUCUUUAAGCUUGAACGUGAAAUGGGAAUUAACUGCACAGGAAAGAUUGUUAUUGCCAGGUAUGGGAAGAUCUUCAGAGGAAAUAAGGUGAAGAAUGCUGAACUGGCAGGUGCCAAGGGAAUUAUUCUGUACUCUGACCCUGCUGACUACUGCGCCCCAGGAACAGAUCCCUAUCCAAACGGCUGGAACCUUCCAGGUGGAGGAGCCCAGCGUGGAAAUGUUUUAAACCUCAAUGGGGCAGGGGAUCCUCUGACACCAGGUUAUCCUGCAAAGGAAUACACCCACCGGCUAGACAAAGCCAGUGGUGUAGGUCUCCCAAAAAUUCCAGUUCAUCCCAUUGGCUAUCAUGAUGCUGAGACAUUACUUCGUAAUAUGGGAGGAUAUGCACCUCCACAUAGUAGCUGGAAAGGAAAUUUGAAUGUAUCUUACAACGUUGGUCCUGGUUUCACAAUAAAUUAUUCUACAAGCAAGGUGAAAAUGCACAUUCAUAGCCACAACAAAGUUACAAGGAUUUACAACGUGAUUGGUACCAUCAGAGGCACAAUGGAACCAGACAGAUAUGUCAUCCUGGGAGGCCACCGUGACUCAUGGGUAUUUGGUGGCAUUGAUCCCCAGAGUGGGGCAGCUGUGGUUCAUGAGAUUGUGAGGAGCUUUGGAAAACUGAACAAGAAAGGAUGGAGGCCAAGGAGAACAGUGAUAUUUGCAAGCUGGGAUGCAGAGGAAUUUGGCUUGUUCGGGUCGACAGAGUGGGCUGAGGAAAAUGCCAAAGUAUUGCAAGCACGGGGAGUGGCUUAUAUCAAUGCAGAUUCCUCCAUUGAAGGAAACUACACACUACGAGUGGAUUGCACACCACUGAUGUACAGACUAGUGUACAGUCUGACUAAAGAGAUACCAAGUCCGGAUGAAGGGUUUGAAGGAAAAUCUCUUUAUGAGAGCUGGUAUAAAAAAAAUCCAUCAAAAGAAUAUAAAGAGGUCCCCAGAAUAAAUAAGCUGGGUUCUGGCAAUGACUUUGAAGUCUUUUUUCAACGUCUUGGCAUCGCUUCAGGCAGAGCACGUUACAGUAAAAAUUGGGAUGUAGAAAAAUACAGCAGCUAUCCAGUUUACCACAGUGUCUAUGAGACCUAUGAAAUUGUGGAGAAGUUUUAUGAUCCCACUUUCAAGAAUCAUCUGACAGUAGCUCAGGUACGGGGAGGGCUGGUGUUUGAAUUGGCCAACUCCGUUGUCCUUCCUUUUGACUGUAGAGAUUAUGCAUCAGCUGUGAGCAACUACGCUCACGUCAUCUAUAAUUUGUCAAGGAAUCAUGAAGAGGAACUGGCAACAUACAAUGUAUCCUUUGAUGCUCUCUUUUCAGCUGUGAAGAAUUUUACAGAAGUUGCUGCUAGCUUUCAUGAAAGACUGCAACAAAUAGAUAUCAAUAACCUACUUGCUGUCAGAUCAGUAAAUGAUCAGCUCAUGUAUCUAGAAAGGGCUUUCAUCGAUCCUCUUGGAUUGCCUGGCAGGCCAUUCUAUAGACAUGUUAUCUUUGCUCCAAGCAGCCACAACAAGUAUGCAGGAGAAUCAUUCCCAGGGAUCUAUGAUGCCAUGUUUGACAUUAAAAACAAAGCUGAUCAACAUGAAGCCUGGGAAGAAGUGAAGAGGCAAAUUUCCAUUGCAGCCUUCACUGUGCAGGCAGCUGCAGAGACACUGAAAGAAGCCACAUAAGUAUCAACAACAUCAUCAUCAACAAAGACUAGGAAUGACAGUUUGCAGAAGCCUUAAAAAUGGAACAUUUAGAAACACUAGGAGGGUUAUUAAAAAGAACACAAAAUUGAAAUAAUCUUUUUCUUUGCAAAUUAUGCACCCAAAUGGAAUGCAUCUAACAAUGUUAACAGGAUAAUGUGCUCCAUUUGGAGAGCUGAGCUAGGUUUUAGACAAUUUCUGAAGUGAGAGUGAAAAGGUUUCAUGUUUUCUCUCAGUUUAAUAUUCUAUGAGUUGGUAACUGCUGGAUUUAUUUUUAGAGCUUUGAAUUUUGCUGGCUUUCUUAUUAUAGCACUACUCGCAGCUCAUUAGGAAACCAAAAGUCAUCUCAUAUUUCUCUCAGUUUCUGACUUUGUUGUUGUUGACUUUUUAUUGUUUACCUUGGACUUGCAUAAUUCUACUCCAAGGUAGCCCUUUCAGGUCUCCUUAUACACAAAGAAUCAUGCAUGAAGAUGGAAAAACUGUCACAUACUGUGUGAGGGAUGUAUAAUGAUCACAACAAGAUUUGGGCAGCCAGCCCAGAAUACUCAUUCAUGACGUUCUUCUCUUCACAUGCUUAGUCUUGCAGCUGUUUGCAAAUAAAAUUAAGCAAGAAACCUUCUAGUCACUGGGGUAAAAACAAGGCAAUACAUCUUGUCAGAUGUAUAAUCAUUUCACAAAACAUGUCUUUUGAGAUGAAGACCUACUUUUAUUCUUUCAUCCAAAAUCUACCCCUGUUAUGCUUUGUCCAUGUCAAGGUAUUUUUAAUUUGAAGAGAAUUAGAAGCAAAGAAAAUUCAUCAUGUCCUUUGUUUGAAAGGAUACCAAAUUAUUACCAUCUUAGUAAAGUCUAUAUUUCUGAUUUUGGUGUGCAGCUUACUCUUAUGACAUUCUGCUCAAAAUACUACAGAGGGACAACAGCAAUCAGACAGAGAAGAGUCAGUAAAAUCAAGUCCCUUCAUCUGCCAAUCUGCCACCAGAGUAUUCCUAGCCUCUUGCACAGCAAACAUUUUUUGUAAUUUGAUCUGCCAGUUUUAGCUGAGGCCUCCAUCAUGUGUUAGGAGACUGUCCCAUUAUCUGAUGGGUUUCAGUGUCAUGGUAGAUUUUUUUCUUUUCCUUAAGACCUCAUUUUUUUGUAAAUAUUUCUGCUCUUCACAUUAAAACCCUCUAGGCAAGCUACUAUAAUUAAGUCAUUAUUUUACUUAGCUGUUGAUCUUUCUCAUAAAAUAAUCCCAUUUUUCCAGAUAAUGGGAGCUGCUCUUAACAGUUAUUGCUCAGUUAUUUUUCCAUUUUUAUGGAAGUGAUUGAAGUAAAACCAUGGAGACAUUUCUUCCUCCAAAUCUAGUUGUGCCAAUGGGAGAUGUUGCUGUCUCUAUUUUGUUGCUGCUGGCUGCUCCACUGCUCCUUUUUGCCAAUAGAGUAUCCACCUCUGAAAAAAUGGCUCAGAUUAAUUAGAUCAUCAGUUAGGCUGAUCUAGUGGAUUUUGUCUGCAGCCAUCAAGGGAAUGAUAACACAAAUCUUAUUUCAAGUGUUGUUUUGGCUGAGGCAGAGCGAUCAUUGGUAAUCAACAUCUUUGACAUGGGACCUGUGCUCAUCUCUUGUAUGAACAGUUUGAAAUGUGCUGCUGGACUGCAGACAAUGCCAUGGUGGAGCAGAGCAGCCAACUCUCACAGCUGGAGUCAGAGUAAAUUGUAUUCUUACCCUUGAUGGACAGCAGCUCCCCAGGGCAGGAGACUGUAAUGAAUGGAAGAAUAUCACACAGCCAUACAAUCACAGGGUUAGAAGAGAACUCAGGAGAUCUCUAGUCUAAAAUCUCAAAGCAGGGUGAACUUCAAGGUCAGACCAGGUUGCACAGAGUUUUAUCAAGUCUAGUCUUGACAGCCUCCAAGGAUGGAGACCACAUAGCCUCUCUGUGCAACAUAUUUGUCUGCUUCUCUGCCCUUAUGAUGAAAAAGUUUUCCUUAUAUCCAGACAGAACCUCUUGUUUCAGUGUAUGACUGUUGUUUCUCAUUCUCCUGUCAUGCACCACUGAGAAGGCUGGCUGUGCCUUCUUGAGGAACUUCUUGUACAUGCUGGGAGAUGUGAUCUGGUUUGUGUUCCAUGCACAGUCCUGUAGUCUCUCUGCUUCACUGGGUGCAUUCCUCUUGUAGAAGAGAGGGUCAAAGUUUGCAAGCUGAACUUGUCAGCAAUGUAAACUUUAUUUUAGCUGGACUCUGAUAAUGGACACCUGAAGGCCAGGAUAACAGAGUCUGACUCAGUGCAGGAAAAUAUACUACUUCUUUAAUCUGGUAGCCAGAUACACUGCAGAGGCCAUGAGAUUGUUGUGGGGGACUGUGCAACUGUCAGAGGUAAAUACUGAUUUGAAGCUGUAGUUGAGCAUUCCCCUGUUGCCAUUUUUCCUGCAAGAUCUGCCUUUCCCACAGACCAUGGCUCUUUGAUCUCUCUAGCGACAAGUUCAACCUUUAGUCAAACAACAGGUCAAGCAGGACAACAGUAGCAUAUCACUCUUGCUGCACAUACCAACCUUUGGGGCCCAGUUGCUGAGCAGCUACAAGUGAGAAUUUACAAGCCCUGGCAUUUGUUCUGUUCAUUAUGUACUGCUGCUGGGUUUGCUAAUUGGCUUCAUAGUGUAAUUAUGCAUUCAACAAACAAAUGCAUGCUAGUUUUGCAUUUGACAUGGGAUCUUUGCCAUCUUUUGAGCUUUUCUAGUUUACAAAGGAUUUUAUUUUUUUUUUAAUAUAUGUAGAUAUCUGCAAGUUCUGCUGCUUCAGCUGAACCUCACUCUUGUUUUCAGUCUCAACAUGUGCAAUUCUCACCACUCCUGAGCUCAAUAUGAGGCCUAUGCAGUAACUGGUAGUUUUCUUGGUAGUUUUAAAAAUGACAUUAAUUUGAAGAAGUACUGUGUGUUCAAGGGUUUCUAUGUGUUUUGGACCUUUUCUCAGUUUUGUCACCUGGUCUGAGAAAAGAAAUCUCUUUUCUUAAUAGUUGUGGGGAACAGUUGCAACAGUAAUCGUUUCACGUUGCUUUUAUUGCAUCAUUUUUGUGACUGCUUAGGACUGGUUUUAUCUCUCCCAUCAGCCUCGAGUCAUAACUUUGAUUAAACUUAGGCUAAGGUUGCUAUUUUCAGCACUGAAUAAAAUAUCCAACUAUUAUCAGAGAACCCAUCCCAGCAGUCUCUCAUACUGAUAAUACCUUAGUUCUAGCAGGAAAAAAGGGGAAAAAAAAAACAUGUAAAAGAAUAGGGUGGCUAAGAGAUGUGGGUUUUAUUUGGUCAGGAAGUGACUCAAAGAGGAUGACUCUUGUAGGAUACUGAUUGUCUUAACAGCUGUGAGCUCUGACCUUGGCUGCUAAGUGAGAUGCUAAGUAACAGCUAAGAGUUAGAGUUUAGCUUGGAGCAGCUUCUUCCACCUCCUCACAGAUGUGACACUGCAUUCCAGGCAUGCAGUUCUUCAGAUGUCACCCUGUCAGGCUCAUUUUUCUCUGCCUCCAGUUAUUCUGAGGAGCAUUUGUAAGACAUGAUACUACAACUUUGGCUUUGUGAUUGAGUUAUGUGUUUAGGCCAUGACCCAAGACUCGGGAAACUAUGAGAUACUGCAUUCCUUAUGCUGUAUAUCUUGGCAUUGGUAGUACCAGCAAAGGGGAGAAAGCAGAGGAGGUACAGAAACAAAAAGAAGGAGACAAGAAAGGAGCAGCUAAACGACGCUAAAAAGACCCCUUCACCUCAGUCCAAGCACUGAGGAAAAGGGAAGCUGGUAUAGGAGGAGGUAGUUUUAUUCCCCCUCCCUUCAUUUGGAAUGCUUAGCUCCAGCUGCUCUCUGCUGUCUCCCCACAUUUUUUAAGAAGCAUUUGGAUGGCUGCACCCUGCUCAUCCUUCCAAAAAGGGAGACAAAACUUCUGUUUUGCCUGGAUGACUGGUAUUUAUUUAGCCUUUACAUGCUGUUUUUCUCAUCCUCUCAGGAACUGCAUAGAUGAGAUAGCUCAGGGAAACUUGUGCAAUGUAUCAGCAAGCAAUUUUAAAUAUCUAUGUGUAAAAUUGAUAUGAUCCAAGAGGGACAGUAAAAAUUACUGUGUAGUAAUCUCAUUCCUUACAUUGGCCUCCACAGCAGACCAAGCUGAUUCAUAGAAUAGAAUAGUUUGGGGUGGAAGGGGCAUCCAAAAGUCAUCUAGUCCAUCUCCCUGGCAGUGAGCAGGGACAUCUUCAACUAGAUUAGGUUGCUUAAAGCCCCAUCCAACCUGACCUUGAAUGUUUCCAUGUAGCGAAUUAGGCACAGACCUUACUUCUGGUUCAAUCAGGAGAAGUUUAUUGCAGGUGAAAGUUGGUACAGACGAACAUUCCCUCUUGAACACCAGGUGAAAAUCCUCCAACAUAAAUGUGUAAGUGAAUCUAGCAAGCCAAGCAACAACUACAGCAGCAGUAGUAAUAGCAGCAUUAUCAUUAUUAAUAGCAGCAAUGGUCAUUCACCUAUUGUUAGUACAUCACUUAAUUUAUACCCUAAGGUUUGUUUUUCUACUGUCUCGCACACUAUCUAACCAAUCAGUUUCUUGCUCAUGCAGUGUUCACGUAAAGAUUACAUAAGCACUUUACCUAUUCAUUGGUCAAUUAAAUCUAAACAAGUGUCCAACAA